GAGAAGUUCUGGGCAAAGUACUCAGAAGUGGCCGCGUGCUGGUGGCGCUCGCCAGCCGGCCCGGGAGAGGGGACUUGAGCGCUUCGCGGCCGGUGCGCAGCGCGGCUCCGGCCCCGCAGUCUGUCUGCAAGUGGCCAUCCCCGCCCCCGACUCCUGCGGCCAGUGCGGGAGCUGUCAGCUGCACGUUGCGGGGGGACCGGAGAAGCCGGGGUUGCCUUCUCCCGGUUCUGUGCGCUAACCCCGGAGCCCGGCCCCGGGGAACUAGGGAGCGUCUCCGGCUGCACAGCGCUCAGGUGAGUGGCGGGGCGCCCGCCUAAAUGGGGCCUGGGUGUCGGGGGGCCUGGCGGCGGCGCGGGCUCGGAAGGGCUGCUCUUUCGGGGGGCGCCGCGGUUCUCUGCGGGACCGGGGUCUGUCCUAGUCGUCCGGGGAGGCUCCGGCCCUGGGGCAGACCCAAGCCUGGGAGCUUGGGUGCCGGCUGCAGCUCCCGGGGAAGGAGGACCCGGGUCUCACCCACCCUAGGACACCUUCCCUCGAGGGACGGCUCGGAUGAUUGACCGCCAGGAGGAGCCGAGCGCAGGGGCCGCGGCGCAGUUGCGGGAGGACGCGGCGCGCGGAGCUGUCCUGGGCAGCGGGGAGGCGCUACGCCGGGGCUAGAGGCGCAGGAAGCCUGGUUUUAGGGUUUCCUUUGGGCCACCCAAAAUGUUUUUUAAAUACUUUGGAUAAGAGCUAAACCACCUGCCACUGGGGACUUCCAUACUCUCGGCUCCCUUGUCAUCUGAUGGCAUUUUGAUUGUCUCGAGGCCAAGUGAUUUGCUGUCCAUGAUGAGUGAUGAGAAGAACCUUGGUGUGUCCCAAAAAUUGGUAUCACCUUCAAGGAGCACAAGUAGCUGCUCUUCCAAGCAAGGAAGUCGACAGGACAGCUGGGAAGUGGUGGAAGGACUGAGGGGGGAGAUGAAUUACACCCAGGAGCCACCAGUUCAGAAAGGAUUUUUGCUGAAAAAGAGGAAGUGGCCCUUAAAAGGCUGGCAUAAGAGAUUCUUCUAUCUGGACAAAGGAAUCUUGAAAUAUGCCAAGAGCCAAACCGAUAUAGAGAGAGAGAAGCUGCAUGGCUGCAUUGAUGUCGGGCUCUCAGUGAUGUCUGUGAAGAAGUCAUCAAAAUGCAUAGACCUUGACACCGAGGAGCACAUCUACCAUCUGAAGGUCAAGUCAGAAGAAGUCUUUGAUGAGUGGGUAUCAAAACUUCGCCACCACAGAAUGUAUCGUCAGAAUGAAAUUGCCAUGUUUCCACAUGAAGUUAACCACUUUUUCUCAGGGUCCACCAUCACAGACUCUUCAUCUGGGGUGUUUGACUCCAUUUCAAGUAGGAAGCGUAGCAGUAUAUCAAAGCAGAAUUUAUUUCAAACUGGAAGCAAUGUAUCGUUUUCUUGCGGUGGUGAGACACGAGUUCCAUUAUGGUUACAGUCUUCAGAGGACAUGGAAAAAUGCUCCAAAGACCUGGCGCACUGUCAUGCCUACCUGGUAGAAAUGAGCCAGCUCCUGCAAAGCAUGGACGUCCUGCAUCGGACAUACUCGGCACCAGCUAUCAACGCCAUCCAGGGUGGAUCUUUUGAAAGUCCCAAAAAGGAAAAAAGAUCGCACAGGAGGUGGCGGUCCAGAGCUAUUGGCAAAGAUGCUAAAGGAACACUGCAGGUCCCGAAACCUUUUUCUGGCCCAGUAAGACUACACUCCUCCAAUCCUAAUUUGUCAACACUAGAUUUUGGAGAAGAGAAAAAUUAUUCUGAUGGCUCUGAAACCUCAUCAGAGUUUUCUAAAAUGCAAGAAGAUCUGUGUCAUAUUGCCCAUAAAGUUUACUUCACUUUAAGGUCAGCUUUUAAUAUCAUGUCAGCGGAGAGAGAGAAACUGAAGCAGCUGAUGGAGCAGGAUGCCUCCUCCUCCCCGUCUGCUCAGGUCAUUGGUCUGAAGAAUGCCCUGUCGUCCGCCCUAGCACAAAACACAGAUCUUAAAGAACGCUUACGCAGAAUCCAUGCCGAGUCUCUGCUCCUCGACUCCCCCGCUGUCGCCAAGUCGGGUGACAAUCUGGCAGAGGAAAACUCCAGAGAUGAAAACCGAGCUCUAGUUCAUCAGCUUUCUAAUGAAAGUAGACUCUCCAUCACUGACUCCCUUUCAGAGUUUUUUGAUGCUCAGGAAGUUCUGUUAUCUCCAAGCUCUUCAGAAAACGAGAUUUCUGAUGAUGACUCAUAUGUCAGUGACAUAAGUGAUAAUCUUUCCUUAGAUAAUCUCAGUAAUGAUUUAGAUAAUGAGAGACAGACCUUGGGGCCUGUCCUUGAUAGUGGUCGGGAAGCGAAGUCUCGGAGAAGAACGUGCCUGCCGGCGCCCUGCCCAAGCAGCAGUAACAUCAGCCUGUGGAACAUCCUGAGGAACAACAUCGGGAAGGACCUGUCCAAGGUGGCCAUGCCGGUGGAGCUGAACGAGCCCCUGAACACGCUGCAGAGGCUCUGCGAGGAGCUGGAGUACAGCGAGCUCCUGGACAAGGCCGCGCAGAUUCCCAGCCCCCUGGAAAGGAUGGUAUAUGUGGCAGCCUUUGCCAUAUCAGCGUAUGCAUCUAGUUACUACCGAGCUGGAAGCAAGCCAUUUAAUCCGGUUCUUGGAGAAACAUAUGAAUGUAUUCGGGAGGACAAGGGCUUCCAGUUUUUUUCAGAACAGGUCAGCCACCAUCCGCCUAUCUCUGCGUGUCAUGCUGAGUCUAGAAAUUUUGUUUUCUGGCAAGAUGUGAGAUGGAAAAACAAAUUCUGGGGCAAAUCCAUGGAAAUUGUUCCAAUUGGCACAACCCAUGUGACUCUGCCAGUUUUUGGGGAUCAUUUUGAGUGGAACAAAGUGACCUCUUGCAUCCAUAACAUCUUAAGCGGGCAGAGGUGGAUUGAGCACUAUGGAGAGAUUGUCAUCAAGAACCUGCAUGAUGAUUCCUGCUACUGCAAAGUGAAUUUUAUAAAGGCAAAAUACUGGAGCACUAAUGCCCAUGAGAUUGAAGGCACAGUGUUUGACAGGAGUGGAAAAGCGGUUCAUCGGCUGUUUGGGAAAUGGCAUGAAAGCAUCUACUGUGGCGGCGGCUCCUCUUCUGCCUGUGUAUGGAGAGCAAAUCCUAUGCCGAAAGGCUACGAGCAAUACUAUAGCUUCACACAGUUUGCGCUGGAAUUAAAUGAAAUGGAUCCAUCAUCAAAGUCUUUAUUGCCACCUACUGACACUCGAUUUAGGCCAGACCAGAGGUUUCUAGAAGAAGGGAACUUAGAAGAAGCUGAAAUACAAAAGCAGAGGAUUGAACAACUACAGAGAGAAAGGCGGCGGGUCUUAGAAGAAAAUCAUGUGGAGCACCAGCCUCGGUUUUUCAGGAAAUCCGACGAUGACUCUUGGGUGAGCAACGGCACCUAUUUGGAACUUAGAAAAGAUCUUGGUUUUUCCAAACUGGACCAUCCUGUCUUAUGGUGAAAAAGUAAAGAAGAAAGAUAACGUUAGUGUAUUUCUCCCGUGCUUGCCUUCUGAAGUGGCACAAACCUGUGUUUAUAUAUUUAAAAGAUACUCUAGGAUGAUCACUUGUGCUUAGCUUAGCAUCGUAACUCUUUAAGUCUAUAUUUUCCUCAGUGCGUUUCUUUACAAUUUCAAAUGUUACCCUGAUUGUUUAUAUGAAUGUAGAACACCUUGACAUUUCUUUUUAUAUAUAAACUAUUUAAUAAAAAUGAAAGAUUGAA